AUGGUCGAGUUAGACAAGUUUAAAUCCAGAUACGAGGCCGUCAAGGCUGUUGAACAGGACAAGGAUAAGAUUAUUGAGGACUUGAUGGAAGAAGUCAAACGCCUACAAGAUGCUCUUUACCAUGAGAAAGAUGACUUGGAGAAUCAACGAAAGCUUGUUCAAACUUUCAAGUCGGAAUCCAAGAUGCAUCAGUCCGAGACCGAGGAGAUGAAACGUAACCAGGCGAAAUUCAGUUUUGUAUCUGUGCUGAUUGACGGUGAUUGUAUGAACUUCAACGAUUCGUUUAUCCAAGAUGGGCAGAGAGGAGGUCAUUCAGCGGCCCGACGUCUGAUCGAGAACGUUGACCGCUACAUCCAAAACCUCUAUCGCAAUGAAAGUUCAAAUGUCCCGUAUAGAAUUCGUGUCUACGCGAACGUACGCGGACUAGCAAAGACAUACCGUGAGAACAAAACUAUAUCGGAGGAAGGUACAUUGCUGUCCUUCGUUCAAGGGUUCAAUAUGGAAGAUGUGCUAUGUGAUUUCGUGGACGCUGGUGAUGGGAAGGAAUGUUCUGAUGUUAAGAUUCGAGCCCGUUUCGAGCAAGAUAUCAUCAACGUACACUGUCGACACAUUAUGUUCUGUGCAUCCGCCGACAACGGGUACGCCCGUAUCCUAGGUCCUCAUCGCAACUCGAACACGAAGAGUCAGAUUACUCUCGUUGAAGGUCCACCAUUCGCACGAGAGAUCAAAGAACUCGUACCAUCGUUUGCAACGACCUCCUUCCCCGAGGUCUUCCGUUCACAAAAGUUGAGCAGGCGCAUCUCAUUCAGUAAUGCACCGACUACACCAACAGGUACAGGUACAAGCACGCCCAUAUCAAACUACGCCUCAAUAGUUCGAUCAACCCCCCACUCUCCCCAUAAUACCUCUCCCUCUCCCUCUCCAUCACCACCAACCCCCAACCAAAAAACCAAACUCCCAAUCCACAAAAACGCCCUCGGCCAACGCAUCGACAGACCCCUCCACUACUCAACGCGCGGCAAACUCGAAGCCCUGAAACAACACAAAUUCUGCAAUCAAUUUCACAUCCUGGGCUCAUGCUCGUGGGGCGAGGGAUAUUGA